AUGCAAAUGAUACAAAAACAUUAUGAAGCUGUGUGUCCUCUAUUUGUAAAAACUCGUUCGUUUGACAGAGUGAAGGAACUAUUGGAUAAUAACGGGUUUGUCAUUAUCAAGGGUAACCCUGGAACUGGUAAAACCACAAUAGCCAAAAUGUUAAUGAAAGAAUUGAUGGAUGAGGGGAAUUCUCCUCUUCAGCUUUACAAGUUAACAGACUUGUAUGGUAGCAUAUCACCGGGUGAUGGUAUAGUCUUAUUUAUUGACAAUUUAUUUGGAGAGUUUUCCUUGUCCCGUGAUGAUGUUCAGCAAUUUAAAGCUAUGAGAGGGAUGAUACAAGUAUUGUCUGAGAGUGACUCUGAUAAAAAAUCAAAUAGCCUGAUAUUUGUAUUAAGAAACGAUAUAUAUAAGGAAUACGCACAAAUCGGGUGCGAUGACGAUUUUUUCCUGUCGUCCUUGGUUGACCUGUCAAGCAAGGAAAAUUCACUGCUAAAGGAAGAGAUCCUACAGCUGUCACAAAAAUAUGACAUAUCAAAUAACUUUGAUGAGGACAAAGAACUUAUCAAUAAGUCUGCAGCUAGUUCUGGAGACAAAAAUGCAUUUAAUCUUCUGUUAAAGUUUGGCUUUGAUCCAUAUAGAAAAGACCGAUACAUUGGCCAUACAGUUCUAACUUGUGCUUGUCAAGAUGGCAAGACUGAUAUGGUCAAAUAUCUUGUUGAGACAUAUCCAGAUUUACUCAAGGAACACACUGAUUUUCAAGGAAAUAGUCUCUUCAUAACACCAACGGUUGAUGGGAAAAAUAAAUUGGGUGAAACUAUUCUACACGCUGCAUGUGAAAAUGGUCAUUAUAAUAUGGGUGAAUAUCUGUUGAGCAAAUACCCGCAACUACUGGAUGUCUGUAGCACUGAUGGUUACAAUGUCCUCCACGCCGCUGCUCUAGGAGGCAAUGUAGAUCUCUUUAAGUAUUUAUCAAGUAAAGGAUUAAAUGUCUAUUGUAAAACAAAUAAUGGGGUGACUGUGUUUCACAUGUGUUGUGAUGAGGGUAGAGAGGAAAUGUUUAGGUAUCUUGUAAAUAGGUAUCCAGGUUUAACAUCUGUCAUAGAUAAUAAAGGAUGGACAGUGUUACAUUCAGCUUGCUGGGGAGGAAAUGUUGAAAUUGUCUCUUUUCUUAUAGAUAAAGGUAUGGACAUUAAUACCUUGUCAAAUGAUGGUAGAAGUAUUCUGCAUAGAGCUUGUCUCAAUGGGAAGUUUGAAGUUUGUGAGUACUUAGUUGAGAAUUAUCCCCAUCUAUUAGACGUCAAAGACAAAUCUAGUAAUACAGUGUUGCAUGAUGCAGCCCGGGGAGGCAAUGUUCAAAUAAUAGAACUAUUGAUUGAGAAAAAGAUGGACAUCAAAAUCCUACAGAAAGAGGGCGACACAAUUUUACAUCAGUGCUGUCGUUCUUGUAAAAUGGAGAUGUGUGAACAUUUGGUCAAUCAUUAUUCAGAGUUAUUGGAGAUAAGAUACAAUUUUGGAUUGACAGUGUUACAUUCAGCUUGCUGUGGAGGAAGUGUUGAAAUUGUUUCUUUUCUUUUAGAAAGAGGAAUGAACAUUAAUGCCUUGUCAAAUAAGGGUAAAAAUAUCUUACAUAUAGCCUGUAUCAAUGGGAAGUUUGAAGUUUGUGUUUACUUAGUUGAGAAUUACCCCCAUCUAUUAGACGUCAAAGACAAAUCUAGUUACACAGUGUUGCAUGCUGCAGGCUGGGGAGGCAAUGUUCAAAUAGUAAAACUCUUGAUUGAGAAAAAUAUGGACAUUAAUGCCCAACAAAGAGAUGGAGAAACAAUUCUACAUCAAUGUUGUCUUUCUGGUGAGAUGAAGAUGUAUGAGUAUUUGGUCAAUAAUUUUCCAAACUUGCUGAAAAUAAGGGACAAUACGGGGUGGACAGUGUUACAUUCAGCUUGUAAGGGAGGAAGUGUUGAAAUGAUUUCUUUUUUGUUACAAAAUGGAUUGGAAUCAAAUGCGUUGUCAAAUGAUUGUGAAAAUAUUUUGCAUAUUGCUUGUAUGAAUGGUAAACAUGAUGUUUGCAAAUAUUUAUCAACAAAUUACCCAAACUUGUUAGAUGUCAGAGACGGUCAUGGUCAAUCAGUGAUGGAUAUUGCUACUGAGUGUGGGGACAUAGAUAUGAUUCAUUUGUUGAGAGAAAAAUGA